AUGUUUAUCCCCAUUCAGUCGCGCCUGCGCGGCAUGUCUCUCGCAAAGGCGACUACUCUCGCCCCCGUGGCCAGCACCGACCCUGCUCAGGUCACCUUCAGCUGGAGUGGCAGCUCAUUCGAGUCGUGUCCAUUGUCGACUCCUACCGCACCGCCGCCUACUCCCAGCGACUCUCUUCUGGACAUCAACCCACGCAAGUCCUCUUUCUCCAGCGAGUAUGGGAUGGGCGCUGCCUGUGCCUUCCCAUCCUGGCCCAACCGCCCCUCGCUCUCUAAUGCCGACUCGACUGAUUCAUACGCGAGUGCUCGCCUCUCAGACGAAGACUUGCUCUGGAUGCCGGAGAACGCCAACGUCGCUGUCGACGAGCCUGCCCUCCAGGCUCCCGAGCCCAUGUCCUCCAUGAGCAUGGAACAGCAACUGCAGCGCAUGCGUGUCAUCGCCGAGGAAGAAGACCGCGCCCGCUUCAUGGCCAAAGUCGAGGCUCAUGCCCGCGCCACCCAGGCCCUGCGCACGGCGAAGCUGGCGAUCGUCGACGAGCGCGAGAACACCAAGCAGAAGACACGCCGAGUGGUCCCCAACGGCAAACGACGAGCCCACUCGUCCUCGGCCAAGGUGACUUCGCGCACCUGA